GUCUCGGGGUCGGUGAGCCGCUGCUUCGUCGGAUGAGAUUCAUAAUCGUCACUCCCUUGUUGAGAUCGGUCUCCCACAGAGAGAGAGCGAGAGAAUCGAGCGGCUUGUUCCUGAUCGAUCGUUGACCAUGGCGGCCUCUUCUUCUUCUUCUUCCUCCUCCUCCUCCGCGGGAAACGCAUCGAAGAAUCCGAUCCUCCAGUUUGCGCCUUUCCAGAGCUCCGUCGAUGAAGGGUUCUGGAGACGCCUCUCCUCCCUGAAACUUAAUACUCUGGGUCUCGAUCAGGCCCCCAUCAGCAUCACAGGUUUUUAUGCACCAUGUUCUCACGAUCAAGUUUCAAACCAUUUGAAGCUUCUUGCUGAAUCAUUACCACCCGAUCCAAAUGGUCAGUCAACAUCAAAUGAAUUGUCGCUAGGGAAUAGGAACCGGUGUCCCGUUCCAGGUGUCCUCUAUAAUAUGAAUACACUGGAAAGCUUUCAUGCACUUGAUAGACAGAGUCUUCUAAAAAGUGAAGCAAAGAAGAUAUGGGAGGAUAUUAAUUCUGGAAGGGCGGAGGAGGAUUGCUCUGUUCUUUCACGUUUCCUUCUUAUCUCAUAUGCUGAUUUGAAAAAGUGGACCUUCCGCUACUGGUUUGCAUUUCCAGGUCUAGUACUUGAUCCUCCAGCAAUUGUCACUGAUUGGAAGCCAGCCACAGAUUUCUUUAGUCCUGAAGAGAGAGAAUCUCUAUCAGCUGCUUGCAAUGAAUGGCGCAGUUCAAGCUUGACUGCAGCCACGCCAUUCUUUCUGAUAAGUAUAUAUUCCAAUUCACGUGUAACUCUUAGGCCUCUCAGAGAUUGGGCAACUUGCCAGCAUGAUUGUAAUAAGAUGUUGUUUGGCUUCUAUGACCCCUGUCAUCUUCCCAGCAACCCUGGUUGGCCUCUCCGAAACUUUCUCGCAUUUAUUUGUUCAAGGUGGAAGUUAGAGAAGGUUCGCUUUCUAUGUUAUCGAGAAAAACAUGGUUUAGCUGAUUUGAAUAACUCCAUUGUUGGCGAAACGUUGGUUGCAAUUCCACAAGAGUGGAAAACUUCUCAAUUUUUCCCUAAAGCAGUGGGAUGGGAAUCAUACAAAGGGAAGUCUACAUCCAGAUGUAUGGAUCUUGCUUCGUCCCUAGAUCCAAUUAGGUUGGCGGUUUCUGCAGCAGAUCUGAAUUUGAAACUUAUGAGGUGGCGUGCUUGGCCAGCACUUGAUUUACAUGUCCUUUCUAACACUAAGUGUCUUCUCUUGGGAGCUGGUACACUUGGUUGCCAGGUUGCACGAAUGCUAAUGGCUUGGGGUGUUCGGAAGAUCACACUGCUAGAUAGUGGUCGAGUUGCUAUGUCAAACCCAUUGCGACAAUCGUUGUAUACGUUUGAAGAUUGUAUCAACGGUGGUGAGUUAAAAGUCAUUGCGGCUGUGAAGAGCUUAAAGCACAUAUUUCCUGGUGUGGAAGCAGAAGGAGUUGCAAUGGCCAUUCCAAUGCCAGGGCAUCCGGUUUCAGUUAAAGAGGCACCUAAUGUCCUUGAGGAUUUCUUGCGUCUUCAAAGCUUGAUUGAUUCACAUGACAUAGUUUUCUUGCUUACUGAUACAAGAGAGAGUCGUUGGCUUCCGACACUUCUUAGUGCGGCUUCUAAUAAGAUUGCAAUAACUGCUGCGUUGGGAUUUGACAGUUUCCUGGUCAUGCGCCAUGGUUCUGCACCACCUUCUUCAACUCCUACCCUGUCUGGAGCUAAAGGUGGAGAAACUGAGCACUCUGGUCUAGCCUCCGACCAACGACCUCGUCUUGGCUGUUAUUUUUGCAAUGAUGUUGUUGCUCCUACUGAUUCAACUACAAACCGCACACUUGAUCAACAGUGUACUGUUACACGUCCUGGCCUUGCUCCAAUUGCUGCUUCUCUUGCUGUGGAGCUACUAGUGGAAAUUCUCCAACACCCAGAUGGCAUAAACGCUCCAGCUGAUGCUGCUAACUCGUCUUUGGGAGAUGACGGGCAAUCACUGGAGAUUUUGCCACAUCAGAUUCGUGGUUCCCUUUCUCAGUUUUCUCAAUUUACCCUCAUUGGACAUGCUUCUAACAUUUGCACUGCCUGCUCUGCAACAGUGGUGUCAGAAUUUAAGAACAGGGGAAUGGAUUUUGUUCUCGAAGCUAUAAACCACCCUACGUACCUGGAGGACCUCACAGGGUUAACGGAGUUGAUAAAGUCAGCAAGCUCUUUUCAAUUAGAUUGGGAGGGUGAAGAUGUCAGCGGCACAGAAAAUUAAUGUAAUUUAUCAUGUGCCAUUACUUUUACAUGUCGACCACUAAGUGCAUAAAUUCAUUGCAGCAAAUGGUUCUCUCGCUC